GAACUAACUUAUGGGACACAAACUGCAAUUUUUCUAACUCUUGUGUAUAUAUGCAUCUGUCUCUCUAAGUCUCUACAUUUACAAACCUCCCAUACAAAUCAAGAAACCGCAUCCUCCCCCCCGCCCAUCUAAAGCUAUUUCUAUGUGGGGUGGUUUCUUGCUAGUGAUGAUUUGGUGUGUAUGAAUGCUGAGUUGUGUGUGUGUUUCUUUGACUUUCUCUCAUCACAUUUGCUCUUUGUUGGUUUUCUUGUCAGUCAAAAAGCAAAGUGGAAAGAAUACAAUUAAGAUGUUUUCUAUUAAUCAAAGCUUGUACGAAGCGGGGAGCUGUUCAGACUCUUACGCCAUUCUUCAGGGAAUGUUGAGUUCAUCACAAGCGGAUACUGAUCAGAAUCCCAACCUUAUAAGCCCAUCAUUCAUGGCUGAGGCUAAAGCAGCUGCAGCCAGCAACAGCCACAAGGAGGCCGAAAGGCGGCGGAGAAAGCGCAUCAACGGCCACAUCGCCACCCUCAAAUCCAUUCUUCCAAAUACAAUCAAGACAGACAAGGCUUCCUUACUAGGAGAGACUGUCCGGCUAGUGAAAGAGUUGAAGAAAACAACUUCAGAGCUGACGGCAAUCGACGCCGAAACAAACGGCGAGCUGAGUACGUCGUUGACACUGAUGUUCCCUAGUGAAACAGACGAUCUCAACGUCUGCCACUGCGAGAAUUCGGGCCUGAUCAGGGCUGCAUUCUCCUGCGACGACCGGCCCGAGAUGAUACCGGAGCUGAUACAGGCCCUGAAAUCCGCAGAGGCGAAGGUGGUGAGGGCAGAAAUGUCGACAGUCGGGGGAAGAACGAAGAGCGUUGUGUGGGUAAAACUGCUGACAGGUGAAAGCGAUGCGGGUUUGGGACGACUGAGGAGGGAACUGAAGAAAGUGGUCAUGGAGAAGUCCAUUUCGUUGGCGGGUUCGGGCCAGGGUUUGCCGGGGAACAAACGACCCCGUUACUAUCACUUGUGAGUGAAUUCCUUUUGCUGUUCGGGUCUUUCUUGGAUGGGCCCCGUUUUUGGAGGAGCUGUAAUUAUCACGGGUUUUCAAGACAUGGGAUGUGACAAGAACAUGGAUCGCUGUCGUGGAUGUUUUCCCUUUCAGAGUAGUGUGGUUUCUGUUUAAGGGUAUUCGGACGACUGUGGUGAUAGAAAGGUAAAUCAAGUAAUAUUCCUACAUUUUGAAAUUUCAGGUUUUCUUUUUUAAUUUUUUUUUGUUUCUUAUUAUCUAUCUAUAUAUAUAUGUAAUAUGCGGAGUUAGAUUUUACCGUUAUAUAGUGAAAUUAAAUGGUUUGCGGAAUUAUUUUGCAACCCAUCAAAUGAAUACUUU